AGCAAAGGGAAAAGUACCAUGUUGUUGCCAAAUCCAAUGGUGGAAUGGUGACGUGGCAUGUGAUUGAAUAUUGCAGAAUACUUUGCCGGGGAAUGCGACUCUCUUGAGGCUCUGCAAACACCAUCUCCCUCAUCUCUCUUUCUCUCAGCUCAAACUGAAAACAACGAAUCAGAAACCAACUAAACUCGCUUUCUUUCUCUCUCACUCACACACUUUGAGUUUCUCUGUCAGUGCCACGCGGGAGUGGAUGCCGUUUGAUCCCCAACCUUAGAGGGGGUCCCACAUUCGCUAUUCUUAUCUCAGUCUUCUAUGUUCGAGUCCCACUCCGACUUUGGCCAUGGCGGAAGAAUCAAGCUCUUCUAUUUCAGCUGAUUCCAGAGACACUAACAAAUUAUGGAAGGGCACUUUUGCUGUCUCUGGUAUCAUGGUUACCCUUGUCACCUAUGGCGUCUUGCAGGAAAAGAUCAUGAGAAUACCAUAUGGGGCAGAAAAGGAGUACUUUAAGUAUUCACUCUUUCUUGUUUUCUGCAAUCGUAUCACAACAUCUGCUGUUUCCGCUGGUUCUUUGUUGGCAAGUAAAAAAACAAUGGACCCUGUUGCUCCCAUUUAUAAGUAUUGUCUCGUCUCGAUAUCAAAUAUACUGACCACAACUUGUCAAUAUGAGGCCCUCAAGUAUGUUAGCUUUCCUGUUCAAACUCUUGCAAAGUGUGCAAAAAUGAUACCAGUUAUGGUUUGGGGUACACUCAUAAUGCAGAAGAGAUAUCAGGGACCUGACUAUAUGCUGGCUUUUUUAGUUACCCUUGGCUGCUCAGUAUUUAUCUUAUAUCCGGCAGGAUCAGAAAUAAGUCCAUACAGUAGAGGAAGGGAAAAUACGGUUUGGGGCGUUCUUUUAAUGGUUGGCUAUCUUGGGUUUGAUGGCUUCACAAGCACAUUCCAGGAUAAGCUGUUUAAAGGCUAUGACAUGGAGAUACACAAUCAGAUAUUUUAUACCACAUUGUGUUCUUGUAUUCUUAGCUUCACAGGUCUUAUCUUGCAAGGACAUUUAAUACCAGCAAUAGAGUUUGUUUAUCACCAUCAUGAUUGUUUCUUUGACAUAGUAUUGCUUUCAACGGUUGCAACGGCUAGUCAAUUUUUUAUAUCCUACACAAUUCGCACUUUUGGUGCUCUAACAUUUGCUACCAUAAUGACCACAAGACAGUUGGUGAGCAUUAUGCUUUCAUGCAUGUGGUUUUCGCAUCCUCUUAGCUUGGAACAGUGGAUUGGAGCCGUCAUUGUCUUUGGAUCCCUUUAUGCGAAAAGCUUCAUGAAGAAACCACCUCCAAAAACAACCUCAUCUGUAGCACUUGUUCAAAAUGGAGAAUCGAGUAAUUUGAAAGUUAACCCUUGAUUAAGAUGAAGUUAACUUGUGCUGAACUGACACCUGUGCUUUCUUAAGUGACGAGGUAGCGUCAGAGCUGCACAUUCAACAUUGAAGGUUCAUGGAUAAUUUCAUUAUACAGAUGUGGCUUUGACUUGAAAUCUGAACAACACCAACUACAGCUUGAUUCCGGAUUUUGGUAUCACUGUCAUAACAAGAGAGGAAUUAAAAGGAUAUUGUCCCCUCUUUUUUCCAUAGGGGAGAUCAAUUAUAGAUUGACUAUAAGGCAAGAGAAUGUUUAUAGAUUGAAAAAAUGUGCAGAGUUUGCACAAAGUUGUUUUUAUUUAGUUUUCGAGAAAUGUGUAGGAGUAGGAUGGAAUUCAAGUAUUCAACGAUGGGUUUAUGGCAAUUUCCAAGGCUCA